AUGGUAGCUUUAAUACUUUAUGUUGAUGAUAUGAUAAUUACAGGAAAUGGUGAAGAAGAGAUUACUAGUUUGCAAGAACAUCUAGCAACUGAGUUUGAAAUGAAGAACCUUGGGGGAUUAAAAUAUUUUUUGGGAAUUGAAAUAGCUCGAUCAAAUCAAGGUAUAUUUCUAUUGCAAAGGAAAUACAUACUUGAUUUGCUGGCCGAAACAAGAAUGCUUGAUUGUAAGCCUGCAAACACACCAAUGGGAAGAUCAUAUGAAUGCUGUGUUUUGAAUUUUAAGGCACAUGAAGUCUUCCCCAGAAAAAAGACUUAUGUUCAGGAAUAUAACUAUUUAAAUAUUAAUGGUUAUACGGAUGCAAACUGGGCCAAAAGUAUUACUGACAGAAAGUCUACAUCAAGGUAUUUCACCUUUUUGGGUGGAAAUCUAGUCAAUUGGAGAAGCAAGAAACAAAAGGUGGUCGCAUUCUCUACUGCAGCAGCUGAGUUCUGA